AGCACAUGGCUAGAACGUUCAAGAAGUAAACAAUACGGGCGAUCGCAUCAAAUAGUUGCAGUUUAUCAUGAUAUAUUGCUGGUGAAAUGUAAAAUGGGAAGUUUUGAUUAUGCACGACUGACCGUUUGAGAUGUCACGUGCUGGAAAUGUUGGUGAAGCGUAUUUUGAAGAAUAUUUUGUUGCAGUUGCUGUUUCGCAUAAGGCAGGCAGAUCGGUUUCAUUAGAAUGACUGGAGCCCCUUUAGAAACUCAUUUUUUCUAAUGUUAUUAAAAUGGGUCCUUCGCGUGCUUAGUUAUUAAUUCAUAAACUUGGUUGUUAUCGUUGUACACACCCGACGGCAUAUAACCUUUGACCAGUCACGUGACCAUCAAUGCACUCCCAAAUCUGUGUAUUGUAGGAAUAGAAAAUGAAGUUUUUAAAACUUUUCGGACGCCUUGAGGCAAAUGUCAUUGGCAUGAUUCAUGUCCAAGCACUGCCGGGGACCCCCUUGAACAGAGCAACCGUGUCGGAGAUCACAGAGAAGGCAUGUCGGGAGGCGGAAAUUUACCACCAGGCAGGGCUUGAUGGAGUGAUCAUUGAAAACAUGCAUGAUAUUCCCUACACCUUUGAGGUGGGUCCAGAGGUGUGUUCAUCUAUGACCGCUGUUUGUUCUGCAGUUAGAAGACUUUAUCCAUCCUGGCCGCUUGGGGUGCAGAUUCUCUCGGCUGCAAAUCAUUCAGCGCUGGCUGUUGCCCUGGCCUCAGGACUGGAUUUUAUCCGUGCAGAAGGCUUUGUGUUUUCACAUGUUGCUGAUGAAGGACUGUUAAAUGCGUGUGCUGGUGGGUUGCUGCGCUACCGUAGACACAUAGGAGCAGAGCACAUUCAGAUCUUCACAGACAUCAAGAAAAAGCACAGUGCUCAUGCCCUCACUUCAGAUGUGAGUAUAGCUGAGACAGCCCAAGCAGCUAAGUUCUUCCUCUCUGAUGGAGUCAUCGUCACAGGAACAGCCACUGGAGCUCAAGCUGAUCCAAAAGAAUUAAGAGGUUUCUCAACACAGCACAAUGAGCAGUCGCAAGAUGAUAUUAUUCAACUAUGUUGUGAGAUUUCAGCAAAUAAAAAGAUAAAAGCAGCAGUUAAGAACAUUGGGAAAGGAGCUGCAGCGGCCGGUAGUGGUGCUUUUGUUGGGGGACUGGUUGGAGGACCAGCCGGUAUAGCUGUUGGUGGUGCUUUGGGAGGUGCUCUGGGAAGUUGGAUGACAAGUGGCCUAUUUAAACCUCUUCCAGAGAUAAUCAUGUCACUGCCUUCUAUACAGCAGGAGAAACUCUACUCUGAUGUGAUGGCAGCGUUGGGGAAAGUGGACUGGGUUGAUGUUGCGAGCCUCACUGCUCUGGUUAUAGGGAAUGCCACACUUCAAGAGAGAGUGCUUGGUGCUAUAGUCACCUAUGCCACAAAAGAGCUUAAGGCUGAAGUGCAGUAUGGAGUUUGAACACAAGAGGGAGCAGCAGCUCAUUUACUGUCGAUGUGUGUGUUUUGAGCUGUUUUGCCGCUAGUGUUUUUUUCUAUUGGGGCUCCGAAUCUUACAUUUACAUUUAUUCAAUUAACAAACACUUUUAGCCGAAAUCCCUUGCAAAUGAGAGAGCAUUUUACGCUUUGUCCAACAAUUGGCUAAGUGUACUAUAUGAAGCUAUUUUCUCCAUCUUAACAUGUCUUAUAUUAAACAGCUAUAAUAAUUGUGUGAUCACAAUAACAUGUUUGUCCAUAGUGCAGAGUUUUUAAAUAAUUGUGGUUAAAUAUCUGGCUUAAUUACGGGUUGGGGGGGUGAAUUCAUGCUUUGUUUUAAUUAGACAUUUAUAUGUGUGUGUGUAUUGUUGAGUGUAUAAAUCAAUAAAAUGUGCCCCUCAAUAAGC